AUGGAAACAAGAGUGCUGACAGUUUUCUGCACACUCCUCCUCGGCUCUUUGGGAAAUAUGUUCUCCGGUCGGGCCCACAGGUUUCGCUCCGGCCUCGAGAGAAGUCUUUCAUUCAGAAACCUCUCAGUUAAUCCUCGCAGCAGAUACCCUCUGUACAUGAUGCAGCUGUACCGCUCCUUCAGGACCGUCGAUUCCUCGUCACCAUUAGCUGUCAACGCCGUCAACACGCCAGGUGACACCUCAUCAGCGUACAGCUCUGAUUCUGUCCUAAGUCUGAAGGCUAAAAGUUGCCACCAAGUGGGUGACAGAUGGACAGUCACAUUUGACAUGUCAGCCAUCUCUGCCAGCGAUCUCGUCCAGCUGGCAGAGCUUCGGAUCAGUCUACCAGCCUUCUCUGCCUCCGAGCGAGCCACUGUGGAUUUAUAUCACUCCCGGGAGCAGAGCUGUGACCCGGGCAGCACAUCAUGCCAGGACAAUCACCUUUUCCUGGGGAGCUUUGGCACGUCGCCCAACAGCACAAAGUCUUCCUGGAAGGUUUUUAAUGUUACAGCUCUGUUGAAAUUCUGGCUGUACCAAGGAGACAGAGUGUCGAGCCAGGAGGCCUCCGGAGAGGCUGAGACAGGCAGUGGGAGCGGUGCUGGGGAGGAGAGGCAGACAACUGACCAGUCCCUCUUCAAGAAUUUUGGUUUUAGGCAGAGAAAAAUAAACCAUUCAAUAACAAACCGGGUCAUGAUGGUCAUCUUCUCCAAACACAACCUGCCCCAGGAAGGCCACGCGGCAUACAGUCUCAUUCACACUGUGGAGAACUCCAAGUAUGUGACCAUGGACAGAGUCAGCAGUGAGAGCCAGGGUCGACGGCACAAAAGGAACCGAAUGGAAAUGAUGAGAGUGGCUGGUGGAGCUGCUCCGACAGCGGAGCCGGUGCAGAGGCUGCUGUGUCGCAAGGUAGACAUGUGGGUGGACUUUGACCAAAUUGGCUGGGACGAGUGGAUUGUGCAUCCCAAGCGGUUCAACGCAUAUCGCUGUGAGGGAGACUGCCCGACGCCCCUGGAUGAGUCCUUCCAGCCCACCAACCAUGCAUACAUGCAGAGCCUCAUGCGUCAUCGCCAUUCAGAGAGAGUGUCCUGUCCGUCCUGCGUGCCGACGCGGCUCAGCCCACUCUCCAUGCUCUACUAUGAGAACGACGACUUGAUGCUGCGUCAUCACGAGGAAAUGAUUGUUGAGGAGUGUGGCUGUCACUGAAGGCCCCCCCCCCCAU